AUGAUUGGUCGUAGUCCGGAUACGCCACCACGGUCCCCCGGUGUCAAUGUAUUAUUCGAUCGACUUGACGCCACCGUCUGGCCUACCUUGCCGAUUUACCUGCACUCUCGCCGCACGCAUAGCCCAAUCGGGUGCGGGGGCUCAGAGUCGGCGGCCGCGGACUCCCCAGCUUGGGCGCUUGCAACAUCCAACAUCCAACACGAUACACAUGCGCUCGGAAAAAACAACAACAAGAGACACGUCAACAUUGUUAUUGUUGCCGUAAGAUUCAAGGCCAACUCGGGGGUCGUCCGUAUUUGGGCUUAA